AAACAGGAAAAUAAAAGAAAUUCUAGAAUCUCCUUUUGACGACUUGCCGUGUGGUUUUUCCAUACCAGAUAUAGAUUUAAUUUGACUCUCUGAUUUUGCCAUACACAUAUAGUUCUCCUAUUCCGUCGCCAAAAUUGAUUUCCCCUAAAUUCUAUAAAUACGCUGCAUUAGCACUCUUUUUCUCCAUAUACAAGCCAUCUAGCUUUGUCGUAGAUAUUGAUACAUUCCUCUGAAAAUCAAGCAAUCCAUUCUCAAGAUGCAGAUCUUUGUUAAAACCUUAACUGGAAAAACCAUCACACUGGAAGUUGAAAACUCAGACACGAUAGAUAAUGUUAAGGCGAAAAUUCAAGACAAGGAGGGUAUUCCACCGGAUCAGCAGAGGCUGAUAUUUGCAGGGAAGCAAUUGGAAGAUGGGCGUACACUCGCAGAUUAUAAUAUUCAAAAGGAGUCAACUCUCCACCUUGUUCUCAGGUUAAGGGGUGGAAUGCAAGUUUUUGUUAAAACCUUGACUGGAAAAACAAUCACAUUGGAAGUCGAAAGCUCGGACACGAUUGAUAAUGUUAAGGCCAAAAUCCAAGAUAAGGAAGGUAUUCCACCAGAUCAACAACGUUUGAUCUUUGCAGGAAAACAGCUCGAGGAUGGGCGUACUCUCGCGGAUUACAAUAUUCAAAAGGAGUCAACACUCCACCUUGUUCUUCGUCUCCGUGGUGGAAUGCAAAUCUUUAUUAAAACCUUAACCGGGAAAACCAUUACAUUAGAAGUUGAGAGCUCGGACACAAUUGAUAAUGUUAAGGCGAAAAUCCAAGAUAAGGAAGGUAUCCCGUCAGACCAGCAGAGGCUGAUUUUUGCUGGGAAGCAAUUAGAAGAUGGACGAACUCUGGCUGAUUAUAACAUCCAGAAGGAAUCCACCCUUCACCUUGUUCUCAGAUUGAGGGGCGGCAUGCAGAUCUUUGUGAAGACGUUGACGGGGAAGACGAUCACGUUGGAGGUGGAGAGUUCUGAUACCAUUGACAAUGUGAAGGCCAAGAUACAGGAUAAGGAGGGUAUCCCACCAGACCAGCAGAGACUGAUUUUUGCAGGGAAACAAUUGGAAGAUGGAAGGACUCUUGCAGAUUAUAAUAUUCAAAAGGAAUCCACCCUUCACCUUGUUCUCAGGCUAAGGGGUGGAAUGCAAAUCUUUGUUAAGACCUUAACUGGAAAAACAAUCACGUUGGAAGUUGAGAGCUCGGACACGAUAGACAAUGUUAAGGCCAAAAUUCAAGACAAGGAAGGCAUUCCACCGGAUCAGCAGAGGCUGAUUUUUGCUGGGAAACAAUUGGAAGACGGGAGGACUCUUGCUGACUAUAACAUUCAAAAGGAGUCAACACUCCACCUAGUCCUUCGCCUUCGUGGUGGAAUGCAAAUCUUCGUUAAAACUUUAACAGGAAAGACCAUCACACUGGAAGUUGAGAGCUCAGACACGAUUGACAAUGUGAAGGCGAAGAUACAGGAUAAGGAGGGUAUUCCACCGGACCAACAGAGGCUUAUCUUUGCUGGGAAGCAGUUGGAGGAUGGUAGGACAUUGGCUGAUUACAAUAUCCAGAAGGAGUCUACUCUCCAUCUUGUGCUGAGGCUGAGGGGUGGAUUCUAAGCUUGUUAUAUGUUUCUCCGACUUAUUCUUGAUGUAUGUUUUAGUUUUAUUACUUGUGCUACUGUGCAAAGGCAUCUAUAAGAUGUCAAUGCUGUGAAAUGUGAAUGGACUACUGUUUCUUUAGUGGGAAUUUGAUGGUGUUUCUUAUAAAGUUUAUUCCUUUAUGACA